CCCUCUCCUGGCAAGGACGCCACUUCCUGAAAGCCGCUGCGCCAUCGGGAGAAGGACGAGCGGCGGGAGGUUGCUGUUGUCAUUGACUUGGUUCCCGCAGCCAUGUUGGCAGCACGAUUGGUGUGCCUUCGGGCUCUCCCCGGCAGCAGUCUGCGCUCUGCCGUCGCUCAGAUUUCGCCCACCGUGAGAAAUUCCUCCCUCAAUUCCUCCCUCAAGACCAAACAAUGGCUCAUGCAGCCUUACCAGGGAUAUUCCUCCAGGGUUCGGACAGGGAUACGCCAAAGGAAAACUGGUCAAGAAGUGAAAGAAGCAGCUUUUGAACCCUCAAUGGAAACGGCCUUUAAAAUUCACCAGGCAGGACGAUGGGUCGUGGCCGGGGGCGCUGCUGUCGGUCUCGGCGCUCUCUGUUAUUAUGGGCUGGGCAUGUCCAAUGAAAUCGGCGCACUGGAAAAAGCUGUGAUUUGGCCCCAGUAUGUGAAGGACCGGAUUCAUUCCACUUACAUGUACUUUGUCGGAAGCAUAGGCUUGACCGCCUUGUCUGCAGUGGCCGUCAGCAGAACUCCUGCCAUGAUGGGGCUCAUGAUGAAGGGUUCCUGGCUGGCCAUCGGUGCCACCUUUGCAGUGAUGAUUGGAGCUGGCAUGUUGGUUCGAUCCAUAGAUUAUGAAGAGAGUCCGAUCCCCAAACACCUGGCAUGGAUGCUGCACGCAGGUGUUAUGGGUGCCGUGGUGGCUCCUCUGACUCUCCUUGGCGGCCCCCUCCUCAUCCGAGCUGCUUGGUACACGACCGGCAUUGUGGGAGGCCUUUCCGCCGUGGCCAUGUGCGCCCCCAGUGAGAAAUUUCUGAACAUGGGAGCCCCGCUGGGCGUGGGCCUGGGGCUGGUGCUUGUUUCCUCCGUGGGAUCCAUGUUCCUGCCUCCAACUUCCAUCUUGGGUGCUGGCAUGUACUCGGUGGCCGUUUAUGGAGGGUUGGUGCUUUUCAGCCUGUUCCUGCUUCACGACACCCAGCAAGUUAUCAAACGUGCGGAGAGUCAACCAUACCUGGUGGUCGGAAUGCGGAAAUACGAUCCUAUCAACGCGUGCAUGGGCAUCUAUAUGGACACCCUCAACAUCUUCAUCAGAGUCGCUACCAUGCUUGCAGGCGGUGGUGGCAGGAAGAAGUAGAUGCAGCUGCACUGAUGGGUCACCAGUCAGUUUCUCUGCUUAGCGCAAACUCGAAUAAAAUGUUUGUUGCGUCCAAGCAACUUUCAUGUAGAAGUUUGACAUUCUAAGCCCUCGGUCUCAAAAUUCUUCUUGGUCAGCAUGACUUAGGUCUUGGUUUCCAGUUGUAAUUUGUAAAGCAUCCAGUGGUAACUAGUUUGCACGUGCCACUCAAAUCACUUUACUCGGGUUGGAGAGGUUUUUGAAAUGGAAGAGAAGUUCAUAUCAGUAGAUUUAUAUCUCUAGCAGUUGCUACGUUUGCUUCUACUUUCCAAAGGGGACUCCCUGCCACUCUGCUCAGGCCUGGAAGACCAUUUAUACUCUUUAUCAAGAGCUGAAUUCAGCUGUGGAUUCAGAAACUACAAAAAUAUUAUUUAAAUGGAAAUUGCUACCUGCAAUUGGCUUCUUUUGGAAGAGGCCUCGUGGUGGGAAUAGGAUGUAGCGAAGGAAGAGGGUGGAAGCAGAGCAAAGCGUUCUUUUGCUCUGCCCCAAACUCCAGAUGGACCCUCAUCUUCAGCCACUUUUUUUUUCUCAAAAUCCUCUUUGGCUGGUCCGUCCUUUUGACAACUGGAUAGGGAUUUCUGAAAGAAUAUUAAGCAGGACUCUUUAUUUAAUUCCAGAAUUGUAGGCUGGGGGAAAAUAAUUAUGUAAAUCUACAAGGGAGAAAAUAAAUACAAAAUAGUGUGAAGCUCCCAGCUUCUGUGAUGCUCUCGUUCUUUCACAGAUAACAGCAAUUCUGUGAUGUAUAGUUAUCGGGUCUUACUAAAUAAAGUCCUUGCACAACAA